AUGGCUUUCAGUAUUAAGUUCGUCAAUCGUGAUAAUUACCAGCGUACUGUCUGCUGGUUUCCGGAGCGCAACCAUAGCGGUAUCAAGGACAACAACUAUCCCGAUAUUCCAGGUACAAUUGUCCCGGGCAGAAAGUCUGUUACAGUUGGCAUGCCCGAUUCAGGAAAUCACGCCCUUCGCCCAGGAUGGGUUGGUGCUUUUCGUACCAUCUUUGAUGGUGGGGACCCUUUUACACCUGCUGUGCGUGGAGAAGUGAACUUCGAGGACAUCCUGACCUGGUACGAUAUCAGUAUGGUUGACAAUAAUUCUGACAACUCUGGCGUCCACUGGCUUUACCCAAUCAGUGGCAACGACGUCCACCAUGGUUGCACGACAUUUCCUUGUAGCAAUGCAUUUUCGAAGCCAGGUGAGGCACAGACACAGGUCACUAACGAGCAUGACCUUGAGUGCCUGAUCGGUGGAUAG